CUUGGCCGGCGGCCCCGGCCCGCUGCGCCCUUCGCUCCCCACCUCCCGGGCUCGCCGCUCUUCGCCCCCGCUCCCGGCUCGGCGCGCCCCGGCCGGCUGCAAAGUUUCCCCGGGCGGCGGCGGCGGCGGCGGCUGCGCCUCGCGUGAGCGAUGGCCGCGGAGCUGAGCAUGGGGCCCGAGUUGCCCACCAGCCCGCUGGCCAUGGAGUACGUCAACGACUUCGACCUGCUCAAGUUCGACGUAAAGAAGGAGCCGCUGGGGCGCGCGGACCGCCCGGGCCGGCCCUGCACGCGCCUGCAGCCAGCCGGCUCGGUGUCGUCCACACCGCUCAGCACGCCGUGCAGCUCGGUGCCCUCGUCGCCCAGCUUCAGCCCAACCGAACAGAAGACCCACCUCGAGGACCUGUACUGGAUGGCGAGCAACUACCAGCAGAUGAACCCCGAGGCGCUCAACCUGACGCCCGAGGACGCAGUGGAGGCGCUCAUAGGCUCGCACCCAGUGCCACAGCCGUUGCAGAGCUUCGACGGCUUCCGCGGCGCGCACCACCACCAUCACCACCACCACCCACACCCGCACCACGCGUACCCGGGCGCCGGCGUGGCGCACGACGAGCUGGGCCCACACGCGCACCCGCACCAUCACCAUCAUCACCAAGCGUCGCCGCCGCCGUCCAGCGCGGCCAGCCCCGCGCAGCAGCUGCCCACCAGCCACCCCGGGCCUGGGCCGCACGCGGCGGCCGCGGCGACGGCGGCUGGUGGUAGCGGCAGCGUGGAGGACCGCUUCUCCGACGACCAGCUCGUGUCCAUGUCCGUGCGCGAGCUGAACCGCCACCUGCGGGGCUUCACCAAGGACGAGGUGAUCCGCCUGAAGCAGAAGCGGCGGACCCUGAAGAACCGGGGCUACGCCCAGUCGUGCAGGUAUAAACGCGUCCAGCAGAAACACCACCUGGAGAAUGAGAAGACGCAGCUCAUUCAGCAGGUGGAGCAGCUUAAGCAGGAGGUGUCCCGGCUGGCCCGCGAAAGAGACGCCUACAAGGUCAAGUGCGAGAAACUCGCCAACUCCGGCUUCAGGGAGGCGGGCUCCACCAGCGACAGCCCCUCCUCUCCCGAGUUCUUUCUAAUCACCCCAGGGUCCCCACGAAACUCUCCAGGCCUGCACUAAUUGCUGGGGUCGAAAUGCUCCUCGGGUGACCGGCUUCACCAGCCCAGACUGCCCAACGGUGACCUGAACUUAUGUUGAACCAAUCACCACACUCAGAAAGUACCAGAAACCCAAACAUUGGCAAGUAAUUUUGCAACUUUCAAGUGCGUUCUUUAGACCAAUAUGUUAUGUGUGUUUCUUUCCCUGCUUUUGAGAUAGCGGGAGAGUUAUUGGUGGUGUUACCCCCGCCCCCUUCAGUUGUAUAGUAGUUAUAGGGAAGAUCUGGAUGUUUUUUCUUUAUUAUUACUUUUUUUCCCCUGCAGGUCAGUAAGAGGAUUUAAGUUGCACUGACAAAAAUACCAAAAUGAAAGCGUAUUUUUUAGUUCUCAUUUGAAAUUGCUGGCGCUGCUGGCCGGAUGCAUUUUUGAGUUUGUAUUAGUUGAUAAAUUAACAGUAAUAACAAGAUUGUAUGAACCGCAUGGUGCUUGCAGUUUUAAAUAUUGUGGAUAUUUGUCCUGCAUCAGAAACGAGCUUCGGUUUUUACGGAUUCAACUGUGUUGAAAUCAAAUUUGCCUCAACAGAAAUUGUUUUUAUUUCAUGUACAAUAAGGGAUCAAUUUCAAACCCUGCUUAUGAUAUGAAAAUAUUAAAACCUAGUCUAUUGUAGUUUUAUUCA